AUGGCACCACGGCAUACCGUUUGGAACACAAACGCUACUGCUACACCACAAGUCAUGAGCUCGAGACCAAAACGAGUUGCUGUUAUCGGAGCUGGGAUUAGCGGAGUGGUUGCCGCAGCUCACCUGAAUAAGGAGAACAUUGAAGUCACUGUCUUUGAGCGUUCGAGUGCCGCUGGCGGCGUAUGGUUAUUCGAUGAGCGUCCGCCUUUAGAGGCAUCUUACCCUUCCAUCGUCGCCUCAGAAGCGGAAAGGAAACAACCUUUCGACCCAACGCUAAACCUCACCGAGGAGGAAUACCGAAGACUCUUGCACGCGCCACCUGGCCCUUGCUACGUAGGUUUGAAGAAUAACGUCGCAACCCGCUUGCUGCAGACAACACUAAAUUCUUUCCCGCCUGGAACACCUGACUUCGUCAGUCAUAACGUCUUGAAAGAGUAUAUUCAAGAUACCGCAUUGAAGACUGGCAUACUCACACAUUAUGACACGGAAGUGAAGGAGCUCUCUAAAAACGGCGAUGAGUGGACAGUAGAGGCUGCAACACUAAGCGAACGCCGCGACGGUGCGUUGAAAGCGACCUCUUGGGUAUCAGGCAAAAAUGUACUCCUGAUAGGCGCCGGCGUCUCUUCCACUGACAUCGCACGCGAAAUCGGACCGUUCGCGAACACCAUUUACCAGAGCCACCGCAACGGACUGUUCGACCUUCCCGGUAGCCUUCUUCCAGAGAAUGGGGUGCGCGUCGAGCAAGUAAUCUCGUUCGAUCCGCCCGCGGACAGCAAAACGGCUCUGGAUAUCUUGCCCGAUGGCUCUCUUCCCACCAUCGUAACGCUCAAGUCUGGGACGACAAUUUGCAACAUUCAUGCCGUCGUCCUCUGCACGGGCUAUCACACAACACUCCCUUUCCUCCCUACCCAUUACGCCCCAGCCAACACCCCUCCCACAGCAGCGUCCUCAACGACACUCAUAACCGACGGCAUCCAACUGCACAAUCUGCAUAAAGAUAUUUUCUACAUCCCUGAUCCCACGUUGCUCUUCAUAGGGGUACCCUAUUUCACGGCCACAUUUACCCUCUUCGAGUUCCAAGCUAUGGUCGCUGCGAAGGUCGUUGCAGGGAAAGUGAAGCUUCCCCCAGAGGAGGAGAUGCGGAGGGUGUAUGAGGAAAGGGUCAGGAAGAAGGGAUAUGGGAAGGCAUUUCACAGUUUGAGAGAGACGGAAGUAGAGUAUGUCGAUCAGCUGAUUGGAUGGGCGAAUAAGCAAUUGGAUGUUAGAGAGAGACUGAAGGGUCAUACAGCGGAGUGGAAGGAGGGGAAAAAGGAGCAGGUUGAGAGAAUCAAGGCUUUGUUUGCUGCGGGGGAGACGGCACGGGGGGAACUUGAGGUUAUUUGCUAG